ACUCAUUCAAAUCAUGCCUAACAUUCUAGCCAUCUUUGGCGCUACCGGCCAACAGGGAGGUUCAAUUGUGGACUAUGUCUUGAACGACCCUGAGCUCUCUCAACAAUACCAAAUCCGCGCCAUAACCCGAGAUGUUAAUUCGGGGAAGGCUAAAAAGUUACAAGACAAAGUCGAAGUGGUACAUGGCGACGUAGCCAACCGAUCAUCCCUCGAGACAGCAUUGACUGGUGUGCACACCGUGUUCAUCAUGACAGCGCCACUCCUCAGUCCUGACGUUGAGUACGACACUGUGAAGACCAUCGCCGAUGUCGCCCUCGAAAAAGAUGCCAAAUACAUCAUUUUCAGCACCUUACCGUCUGUGCACGAGCUAUCGGGUGGCAAGUAUACGAAGCUUACCCUCUUCGAUAUCAAGGCAAAAGCCGAGCAGUACAUCCGAAAACUUCCUAUCAAGAGUGCUUUCUGCUCGCUCGGGUCUUUUAUGGAGAACUUCGAGACAGCUUCUUUCUUAACUCCGCGGAAGGAGGAAGAUGGCACUUGGGCCGUGGCCCUUCACGUUUCCCCGAAUAUCCAAUGGCCUUUAGUGAAUGCAGUCUCGGAUACGGGAAAGUUUGUCGGCGCGAUUCUGGCUGAGCCUACAAAAUUUGAAGGCAAAACAUUGUGCGGCGCUACGAAGAUGUACAGCUUGAGCGAAAUGCUCUCCAUCAUGUCCAAGGCUACUGGGAAGGACAUAAGCCACAAGCGUAUCUCGCCCGAGGAGUUCAGGAAAAGGAUGAAUCUGCCAGAUGCCAUGGUUGAUAUGUUCAUGGAAAUGCUCGGCUUCCUGGAUGAGCCCGGUUAUUUUGGUCCCGAGGGCGAGAAGUUGGUUACUUGGGCUGCGAACAAUGCUCGCGGCAAACUUACCACUUUUGAGGAGUACUUGGAGGCUCACCCUCUUCGACUUGAAUGA